UAUAUAGAUGCAGCAUGGGGUGUGUAGUUUCACUUUCUUUUCCGCCUACAUCUCCCAGCGUUCACUCAGCUCCUUUUAUUUUCUCAAUCGUGUCCUAAUGCCUUCAUAAAUCUACACAUUUACCUGCUUCUCUCUCCGGUGAUCGCUUGGAAUAAAAUAUUGCAGCAUUGCACGCGCAUGUUGCUGGAAGCGCCGCGCCUGACUGUCCAACUUUCCUUUGUGCGAAAUAAAAAGCGAGUAAAUCCAGUCCCUCAGGAUCCUUCACGAGAGACCGGAGUGCAGGGAUGGUAAGGAAACCCUGUCUUCAGAUAUAGUGUGAUUUGUAUCGUUGGGAGCGGAUCAUCAUGGAGCUCCGGGCGGCAUCGGCGGACGCGCAGCAGCAGCUGGCCGGUGACAGGACGCAUGAGAGCCGCAUGGACGAGUACCUGCGCUCGCUGGGCUUUUACCGCAAAAAGGUCGCCAAGGAUGGGUCAUGUCUGUUCAGGGCCGUGGCAGAACAGGUGUUGCACUGUCAGGGUUUACACACACAGGUGCGAGCGACCUGUGUGGAUUAUCUGAGACGGAACCGAUCUACCUAUGAGCUGUUUAUUGAAGGCAAUUUUGAGAAAUACCUGGAGAAUUUACAGGACCCUCAGAGCUGGGUUGGACAGGUGGAGAUCACAGCUUUGGCUGAGCUCUAUAAUACUAGGUCCAGUGAACCCAGAGAAAAGCCAACCAAUGGGAUGAACGUCAGACCGCCGCAGAGGGGUCGUGGGAGGGGCCACUCUCGAGGAAGGGGGCGUGACCUCUCCACUAAGGCGCAAAAGUCCCUAAACCCCGCCCUCUACAGGAACGUGGAGUAUGACGUGUGGCUCCGUUCUAAACGAAUUCAGCAGCAGCGGGAUUUCUGCAUGGCCGCAGGAAUGCAGUACUCUGUCGGUGAUAAGUGCAAGGUGCAGCUGAAUAAUCGCUUCUAUAAUGCUUACGUACAGGAAGUCAGUCCUGACAAUGGGCCAGUCACUGUGUUUAUUGGGGAACUCAACAAACCAGAAACUGUGCCAUUGUUGAGUUUGCGUCUUCCAUCUGAAGAGACUCAGUCAUGGCAGACGGCAGAAAAGGGCAAAAGACAUGGUGCACCAAACAACAGCACACAGACGUCCUCCGAAUGGGAGAGCAGAGGAAGUCGGAGAUCAAACAAAAUGCCAUCUCAGUCGGCACCCAGCGGUCGUGUGCUUAAGCAACACUCCUGGCCUCCGCAGGCCACCUCAGAUGACACAAAAAACAAGUUCAGACGGUCCGAUCAGCACAGAAGUCCUGUGUGUGUGCUUCCAGAAGAGGAGAACGCCAUUUUGGAGCUUCUGCAUAAAGACGAGCACAACUUCCCCUCACUGGGAACAAGCCCCCAAACGGCCACUGCUAGUGAAGUCAUAAAGAAAGGAGGGGAAAAGAGAGGUUCCCGGAAGAAGGACCAAAAGGAGCAUAUCUCAGAGACGGAAACACCCCAGAGGCCUGUACAGAGACAGAAGAGCGCCACUGAAGAAAAACAUGGGAUAAAGGUUUCUGAGGAACCAGGGCAGAAAUCUUCGUCAACAAUAAAAGAGAAAGUACAAGAGAAACCCAUCCCUGCCUCUCCUUCUCCACCUCCUGCUGUUAUUGUCUCAUCUGACCCCCAAAAAGCCCCAUCUUCAUCUCAGUCUGAAUCUGCUAAAGCCCUUGGUCCUAAUCAGUCUGCUCCUGAGGCAGUUAAAAAGACCCCUAUCCCACCUAAGGCUAGCUCUGCUCGAAGCCCUGACAGCAGUCAGUUUGCUCCGGUGUCCACUUCAGCCCCAUCACAGUCCAUCUCUGUGGCAGGAGCGGUCUCUGGUACCACCCCUGCCACUAUUCAAUCUAUGCCUGCACCGAAACCUACCCAACCCUCAUCACAAACUGUCCCAGUGCCUACCGUAGUUCUGCCCAUUCCUGAUCUUAAUUCCCAGCCCACUCAAACACCAUCUCAGAUUAGCUCGGUUGCAUCUCAAAUCACCCCUGUCCAAGUACCUGCUGCUAUCCUAACUCAAACUACUCUGGCCCCUUCUGGCUUAGUCCCACGUGCCUCUGUUGAACCAACCCCGUCCAUUCAAACCGCCCCACCAGCUUCUAUUUCCGCUCCACCAUGUAUACCAGCCUCUGCAAUACCUGUUUCUGCCCUAGCUCAAGUUCCUGCCCCUAUGUUAGAUGCCCCAGAUCCAUCUUCUACCACCCUUCCCAUUGAUGCAAGCAGUGGUCCACCAAUUGGCGAAAAAACUGUAGACCCUCAUACUACUGUGACACCAAUCCCUCUUUCCUAUGAUCCUCCCACCUCCAUCUCUCCUUCCUCUGGUCCUGCCCAUGCUCCACCCCCAGACUUGCCUCAGUCCUCAUUCAACUCAUCAGAUCCACGACCCUGUGAAAAAGCCAUGCCUGCCUCUGGUGUAGCACCUGCUCCUGAGCUCCCAUCCCAACCCCAACAACUCCCCUAUCCUCAUGUCCAAUGGUCUCAGCUCCUUCAGGACCCAGUUUAUCCAGGGUUCCCCAAAAACGAGAAGGGAGAGGUGGAACCGCUGCCCCCCUAUUCCUUCUCCCAAACAGGAGAAGACCUACCGCAAGAUAUCAAUAUCCUCAGGUUCUUCUUCAACCUUGGUGUCAAGGCAUACUCUCAGCCGAUGUUUCCUCCCAUCGUUUAUCUGGGUGCGCUAAACCAAGCCUAUCAGAUGCACCUUAGAGGGCCUCCUCCUUCCUCGGACUCUCCUGCUAACCCCACCGUGACUUCAUGGCAACCAGAAAACCCUUCUCCUCCUCGGAAUUUGAGCUCCAUCCCUGACACCUCAUUGGACAGCCAUGCUCCUGUUGCACCUGUAGCAUCUGGUAGCGGCCCUGUUGGUCCCAUAGAGUUGGGAGCGUACAAUGAUCACCCUGUAUCCAUUCCGAUGCCGCUGCCACCAAGGCCACCAAUGGCCUGGCCAGCUUCCUCUGGUCUAAGUACCUAUGCUGGAUCGUACCCUCCAAUGCAGUUUUCAGCACCACCCUAUCCACCCCCUGGGAAUCAGAUGUAUCCGCCGUCAUCUGUUAGUUACCACCGUAUGCCACUUCCAAUGCCUCUUGAAGCCUUAAACCAUGGCCCUCAUGGCCGGAUGGAUUUCUUGCCGUUUGUUCCUCCAACAGUGGACAGAGGUCAAGGGAAUGGCCAGAGGUCUGUGAACCCCCAGUUUGGGUCCUUGCAGAAUACCGCUGGCUUUCCUGGAGGCCAACCUCAUUUGAGUGGUGGUGAUUACAAGCCUUUAGACAUUCCCGUUUCAGUGGCCACGAUGGAACCUCCACCCUUUAGUGGACAUUGUCCUGUUGCACAACCUUUUCAGAUUGGCCCACUGCAAGGAGACAUGGCAGGAUUGACCCAUUUAACCAAUGGGAACUUAGGAAAACAAGGGGGACUCUUCCCAAAGAGCCUUCAUGCUGGUCUUAUUGCAGAAGACCCUUCUCGCUCCAUUCACCCUUAUUCUCCUAAUGAUAAGUGGUCGGUGGAAGAGAUGGAGUUUCACAAUGUGGAUCUCAGCACCACUCAGUCCUUUUACAGCCAGUCCUACAGGGGUGGAGGAAGACGUGGCCAAGAUGACAGAGGAGGAUAUCGAGGCAGGAGCCAUCGUGGCUGGAAAGAUUAUUCUGGCCGAGGCAGACAAGAUGAACAGUCAUUCUACAGAAAUUAUGUGAGACGAGGUGCAGGGCCAAGAGUAGAGAUGCAGUUACCAUAUCUGUGAUGCUGGAUAUACACCAUUUUUUUUGGUUUACGAUAUCAGAUACACAAAAUUUGUUGUUUUGAGUUUCUGGGUGGCUUUUGGUAAAUUAUAUUGAUUAGUAAUGUAUACAAUGCUUUUAACUGUUUUCUGGCAUUUUCUCUCCCCACAUUGAUUAAAAGUAAAGCAACCGUUUCACCUGUUCCUAUUUCACUAAACCCCUGUAAAAAUGUAAUUGUUUGCAUAGGUAAUAAAAUCUUAUAAAUAUUUUUGUUUUCUUGUUCCUACAUGCACAGCAAAAGGGAAAAAAUAUUGGUUUUAUAUUGAUUUUGAAUGUAUACAACUUAUCAGAUCUAUGUGCACUUCCUGUAAACACUGAAAUCUUUAUUUACAUCUUUUAACGUGGGUAUUUUUUAGACUGGUUCUCAGAGGACUGUCCUAAAAGUCAGAUUUUUCCUGAAAAGCUCGUAAACAAUUCAGUUAAAUUAAUGGUGUAAUCAUAUCACCGGACGCAGGAAAGUGCCUUUUUGUCAAGGUUUGCUUUUUCUUUUUUUGUUGUUGAAAAUUUGGUUUUGAUCGAGUUUCUGACUGCACCUUUAUUGCGCACCAUCAUCCCCCCACAGGGUUCUGGGGUAUCUGCUGAAUGAAUGUUGAUGCCAAAUGCCUGUAAUAAAAUACAUUUCUGAUCCAAAGAUGUGGUUUUA